CAUUGAGCCAGAGACCUGCAGUGGGUGAGGGAGGGACAGCACUACACAGCGCGGGACAGCUGUGGCCUUGGCUACUGCAGAGAACUGGCAGAAAAUGACCCAACUGAGGAGAACUACUCUAGCGAGAAGGACAGACUUCACACACAAUGGACUCUGAGUCUCUGGAUAGCUGCAUCCAGAGCACCCUGUCAGCGCUGUACCCCCCCUUUGAGGCCACCGCUGCCACGGUGCUCUGCCAGGUGUUUGAUGUCGUGGAGACAACGUACCGUGGCGACGGCCUGAGAUACCUCAUCGACUUCCUGGUCCCGGCGAAGCACAUCCUCCAGAGUAUUCAGCAGGAUGCCUGUUUUCCCUACUGUGGGUUCCUGUUCCGUCACGAAGGCUGGCCCUUGUGCGUCCACGAGAAGGUCAUAAUCCAGCUCUCGUCCCUCGACCAGCGUGUGCUGAAACCAGGAGACUUCUACCUGCAGGUAGCGCCAACCCCGAAGAGCAGCCCGCCGCGCAUCACCGCCAAGUGCCUGAGCGUGAACGGGCAGUAUGUGGAGGAGCUGGAAGUGCCUGAGCUAGCCUACACCUCCAUCUUCACCAUGGCCUGGCUGGACUCGAUCAACCAGGAGCGGACGGGUGCCGCAGCCCUGCAGCACUGCCUUCUCGCGGCAGACAGCGACAUCUUCCGCGUGCCCUGGGAGGAUGUGGUGCACCCUGAGUUCAUUAGCAGGCCCAAGGCGGCGCCCGAGUUGCCUGCGGUCACCCAGAGCAGAGAAGGGGAUGGGGAUGAAAGGGUGGGUGGGUUAGGGGAUGAGGAGAGGGACUCCAUGUCGGAGCAGGGUAACAAACCUGCGGUGACAAACACAGCGCUUUUGAUUGACAGGACAAUAAAGGACAGUGGCCGGAGCAACGAGGUUAAGCUCCUCCCGACCCUGGCUCCCUCAAAGAGGGACAGUGUGGAAAGGGCCUCUACGGACGACUCGGAGGGGGAGUACGUGGAGCUGGCCGAGAUCACACUUCCGCGUUUCUCCCCUCAGAAGGGCUCGCUAACCCAGUCUAUAAGUAUGAACUACAGAAACCUACACAAACCAAGGACUACGGGGCUCUCGCCACCCAAGGCUAAGCCUGUGGAGACCCCUCUCAAAAACAGCGCUUGCUCGCAGACCAUGAUCUGCACCAUGCUCAUAGAGGAGAACUUGAAUGACUCUUAUCCUCCAGUGGUACUGACCCCGACCACCCCUGCAGUAUCAGACACUCCCACCCCCGCUGAAUCAGCGAACGAGCCAAAGCCGGAUGGAUCUGGAAGCGUCAGCAGCACGGAAGGUACCUCUUCUGCCGAUAACUCCACACCACGUGUGCCUGAGUGUGAGUGCUCUGCGUCUGAACAGCCAGGUUGCAAUGACUCGGCACCAUCUGAAUCUCUCAUUUUCAACUGCACACUUGACACUCACUCUGACAGUGCAAAUUCACCUGUAGAUCAGAUCCUAGAGGGUCCUGAGGUAGCUAGCAAGGUAGAAACAUGUGAGGAGGGGCCCUCACUCGACCAGGGUAGCAGUUGUGGUAAAGAGUCUGAAAGUAGUGUUGAGGAAGGCGAGAAAGACAAUUGCCGGAAAGAUCCAGAACCUGUGCGCGUCACUGAGGCUUUGCAAGAGCAGACAGGCGUGCAGGAGCAGAGCGCUGAGGGUCAAACCAAAACAGACGCACUGAAUGAGCAGGUCAACUCUCCUGUCGAGCCUGUCACUCCUCCGCUAGACACUGGCUCGCUCAGGAGCAGCAGUCCCACCUCAGGAGGCCCUGAGGGGGAGAGAGUGGAGAGCGUAGCCUGUGCCCCCGUUGCCCCUGUUCCCCCAGCUCAGGAUCGGGUUACAGCCAGCAGCCAGCAGGGUCAGGAGAGGACAGAGCCGGCCGAGGUACACCUGGCAGAGAGGGAGAUGCCGCGUAGAGCAGAGGGGAAGGAGCAGGUGGAGGAGGGAGACGGCAGUGGUGGGGUGGGGGAGAUGACGGAAAUAAAGACGGAGACGCCACAAACGGGUUUGGGAGACGUCGCAGCUGCCACCUCUGGCGCCAUCGCUGCAGAGGCGGCGGCAGCCGAGGUGGCAGCUCAGGAGGAGGGUACCGUUCCUGAGAGUGUGGGUGAAGAGGGGGAGAUAGGCGAGAGCUGCCAGAAGGAGGUCAAAGAGAAAGAGGGAAGGGCGGAGGAGGAGGAGGAGAAAGAUGAAGGUUUGAGAGAGGAGGAAGAGGUGGAGAAGAUAGUCGAAAGUGAGGUAGGUGAAGAGCACUGUGUGUCUCAGAGCAGUGUGGACGAGGAGAGUGCAGUCACAGAAAGUGUCCCGGACAGUGAGCAGGAGGCUUCAGGAGGUAACUGCAGCUCUGAGACUAAGGCUGAGUCGGAGGUCGACACGCAGGUCAAAGGCUCACACAGCCCCGACCCACACACGGGUGGGCACGCACACACAGCCCAGACACCAGCAGCUGCUGAGGAGGAACAGACAUCUGGAGUGGUGGCUGAGGAGGCCCAAGAGAAGGAGAAGGAGAAAGAGGAGGAGGAGAGUGGGAAAGUGGAGGAGUCGAGUCAGGAGUCUACCCAGGUUCCUGCUGUAAAUGUCUCCUGUGGGGAGCCAGAUCAAGAGGAGGCUGUGGACCCCCAAGUUCAGCAUCCGUCAGCCUCCAGUCCAGCCGAAGAGCCGGCCAGUCAGGAGAGGCCAGUCAGUGAAAUGAGGCCUAACCAGCAGGGUCCUCCAGCCCCCCUCCUCCCUGCAGCCUCCCUCAAGAGCCAGCCUGUGCUCACCGAGGCCCACAACAUCAACCCAGACGUGCUGAGCUCAGGAGUACUCUGCCUACCCGGCACUACAGAUAAAUCUGGACAUGCUUUGGUGACUGUUACAACAAGAAAUACGAUUUGGUUAAACCCAAACUGCAACAGUGGUGAGCUUGUGAGGAUUAUGGUCUACUUCUACACCAUUCUCAGAAAAGAAGUUCGUUCGCUGGGUUUGACAGUUCUAGUAGAUGCCCGUCGGUGUUCACCGGUGCCUGCCCUCUUCAAAGCUUUUAAUAUCCUGCAGGACGCUAUGCCAGGGUGCAUCCAUACAGUGCUUUUGCUGGCAGAUAGAGAUUUAGCCCUUCGUAUGGAGAAGACCCCCUCUAUACAGCUGGAGCUCCUCACCUCUCUGAAAUCCCUGCACAAGCACGUGGAGGCCUCCCAGCUGCCCACCGAGUACGACGGCACCUUCCCCUUCUCUCACGCCAGCUGGAUGUGCUUCAGAACGAGACUGGAGCAGCUGACCAGUAACUGUCAGGAUGCUGUCAACCUCCUCCAGAGCACCAUCUCCAACCUGGAGUCCACUCCUCUGCCCCCCACCGCCGAGGAGGCGCAGGUGCUGCUGGGCCGCUACAGGGAUCUGAUGCGCAGCGUGCUGGAGGACAGCCGGCUGGUCCGCCUGCAGCUUGAGGGGGGGGCGUCCCUGUCCCGCCUGCGCAAGGAGGAGUCCAGCGUCAGCCUCACCGAGGACUACAGAGAUGCUAUUGAGACAGUGGGGCAACUGUACAACCAGGUGGAUGAGCUGGUGCACAGACUGGUGAUGCUGUCCAACAAGUGCACGCAGGAGCUGGAGUUUGUCAUGGAGUUCAAAAGCCUGGAGGAAGGCUUCAAUGAGGUGAGUCACUGGAUCAAUGAGGUUGGGGAGAGUCGUCUAAAGGCCCUGGGGGAACUUGAGGACUCGCUGGAUCAGCUGCGGAAAAAGCAGGCUCUCUUUCGGGACUUCUACGCUGCUGCAUAUGAGCACUGUAAGGGUGGGGAGGCCUUGCUGAAGAAGCUGGAGAGAUGGGAGGACGUGUCGUCGGCCGAGCUGCAGGUGUACGAGGUGAAGGUCCGCUCCUUUUGGGUGCACCUGCAGGACUUCUCCCAGCGCGUGGAGGAUACCCGCGACAAAAUCGACAAGACUGUCAGGCUCUACGAAUUCUUUGAUAAGGCAUAUGAGUGGGCGCUGGAGGGCAUGCGCCACCUGGCCUGCGUCAGCAUGGAGGACUGCAGCGUGCCCGAAAAGUGCCAGGGCGUCAUAAACUACCUGGAGGACUACCGCGGCCAGCACCCCCCGAUCCCCGACCCGCGCUUCCAGGAGAUGAAGGAGCUGGCUGGGGAGCUGAAGAGCGAGCAGGGCCUCAAGCAGUGGAAGUUUGCCUGGUCCAAGUGCCAGGAGACCAAGCAGAUGUUUGAGAAGAAGCUGGAGGCGGCCUUGCGGACACGACGCUCGCUAACCUCGGAUCCUGGUGGCGGCGGCGACGGCGGGACGCCCAGACGCCUCUCUGACGUCUCCUCCCGCUCCCAGGCGCAGGACCGUAGCAGCAGCUUGUCCUUCUCCUGCAGAAAGGCGUUUUCCGGGGCCUGGGGCCGCGAGCGGCUGUCCUCACAGUCCAGUCUGUCUAGCGCCGCCUCCAGCCCAUGCAGCCCUGCAGCGGGGGCAUGGCUGGACCCCUGCAGGACCCCUGUGGGCAGCCCUUACUGCGGCAGCGAUCAGCGCGUGCCGCCCCACACCCCUCUCAGCGCCCACCGUCUCACCCGCAGCACGUCAACCGAGGAGUCCCACCCCCUUCCUCACCCUCACCCCCGCACCUCCUCCACCUCCUCCACGGCCUCCUCCUCGUGCUCCUUUAGCCCCGGGCUCCCCUCCCUGGGGGAGAUGGGCCACCGGCGCGUGCUGCGCAAGACGCAGAGCUUCGACGCGGCCGGCCUGGAAGCCUCGCGCUACGGCACGUGCCAGCGGACUCUGAGCGAGCCGGCGCGCCGUGGCAACACGGGCGUCUUCAUCAAGGGCCUGGAGGUGAGCAGCACGGAGGUGGCCGACCGACCCUACAGCCCCCGCCUGACGGCCGCCCACGGCUGGCCCAACGACAGCCUGCGCUCCGGAGCCUCCAGCUGCAGCGGCAGCCCCGUGCCAGAGACGCGCGCCAAGGGCAGUAAGCUGCGCCACAUCGUGGACGAAAUGGUGACGACGGAGCGGGAGUACGUGCGCUCGCUACGCUACAUCAUUGACCACUACUUCCCUGAGAUGGAGCGGGCCGACCUGCCGCAGGACCUGCGGGGCAAGCGCAGCGUCAUCUUCGGCAACCUGGAGAAGCUGGUGGACUUCCACAGCCAGUACUUCCUCAAGGAGCUGGAGAGCUGCUGCAACCACCCGCUGCGUGUCAGCCACUGCUUCCUGCGUCACCAAGACCAGUUUGGACUGUAUGCCCUGUACAGCAAGAACAAGCCCAAGUCGGACGCUCUGUUGGCCAGCCAUGGCAACUGCUUCUUUAGGCACAAGCAGUUGGAGCUGGGCGAUAAGAUGGACCUGGCCUCGUACCUGCUGAAGCCUAUCCAGCGCAUGAGCAAGUACGCUCUGCUACUCAAGGACCUCAUCAAGGAGGUGAGCGAGGCCCAGGAGCAGGAGCUGUGCUACCUGUGCGCCGCCGCCGAGAUGGUCAAGUUCCAGCUGCGCCACGGCAACGACCUGCUCGCCAUGGACGCCAUCCGCGACUGUGAUGUCAAUCUGAAGGAGCAGGGCCAGCUGGUGAAGCAGGACGAAUUCACCAUCUGGUACGGGAGGAAGAAGUGCCAGAGACACGUCUUCCUGUUUGAGGACUUGAUUCUAUUCAGCAAACCCAAGCGCAUCGAGGGAGGCCUAGAUGUCUACAUCUACAAGCACUCGUUCAAGACGGCCGAUGUAGGCCUGACGGAGACCUCGGGUGAAAACGUCUUGCGCUUCGAGAUCUGGUUCCGCAGGAGAACUUCAAAGAACCAGACGUACAUUCUGCAGGCUGGCACGGUCGAGAUCAAACAAGCCUGGACCUCCGACAUUGCCAGGAUCCUGUGGCAGCAGGCCACCCGAAACAAAGAGCUGCGCAUGCAGGAGAUGGUGUCAAUGGGGGUAGGGAACAAGCCCUUCCUGGACAUAAAGCCAAGCGAUGCUGCCAUCAACGACAGGGCUAUCGACUACAUCAUGAAGGGCAGAGGAGCCAGAACACGGGCGUCCAUCGCCGUGUCGCUCUUCGACCACUCCAACCCGUUCAAGCGGGCGGCGUCUGUGAGCACGUCGGUGAACAGCGGUCCCCAGGCGGCCGGCGGGCCCCCCUCCUCCACACUGCUGGGGCCCCUCAACCUGCACAUGUACAGCAGCCAGUCGCUGAUGCCCGGCGAGCGGCUCAUCAGCUCCUGCAUCGAGGAGGACGAGCUGGAGCAUGAGACCAGCAGCCAGCCCUCCAUGACCACUGAGAGCUCAGGCUCAUCCUCCCAAUGUCUGUCAGGUGGCGGCUCCAGUGGCUCGGACAGCGGCUGCGUGUCCAGCCACCUCCCGGAGGCCCUCUCCGAGGAGCCCAGCUCGCCCUGCGAGCCCUCUUGCUACUCAGCCGUCACCUCGCCCGUGGAGGACAAGCCGCGCUUCAACAGCCAGUACAUUUCAGCGAAAGCAGCUCAAAUCAUAGGCCCAUCCACUAUAGUGUGAUUGCUGUAAUCCUGAUUUUGAGUUUAGUAUCCAGCUGUUUUCACCAAGAAGACAAUGUCAGCCUCAAGGAAGAGGGGGUCAAGCAAGUAUUUAUUGUUCCUCUGGAGGCCAGCACAUGUCAUCUGAUCUCAUCUCAUAGAAAGAGCUGGGGAUAUAGCACUGUUUUAUUAAAGCCACUUUGAGCUUUCAUAGCUUUUAUAUCUUUUUUUUUUUAUUUUUUUUUAAGAAAGUUGAUUUUAAAAUAUUCUUGUAUUUAUCUUCUUUUCAAAAAAAGUACUGGCAGAGUAGUGUUGUACUGUACUAUACCCGUAACUGUAAAUAAUUGUAGUAGUUUACAAUGCAGUUCUGAACUGUUUUCUGUUUUUUUUUUCCUUUGUCUGUUCUUUACCACUUAUGCUGCAGACUGCAAAAUGACAAAGCAGAAAUACACCCUUUAUUAUGAAAAGGUUCUCUCUGAGUUUGGGUUAAGAGUCUAGUCUACUCUUUAACAGUUCUAUGAAAGCAAUAUGCCUCUCUACUCUGUAGGCAACAUGACACAACAUGACACAUUUUCAGUGUCUUGGUCAUCAUCCCAUGCAUGUCUGUUGUUUUUUUCACACGCAACUGACCUGUGGUCAGUGCCCCUGGGUUCUUAUCUGUGUCGGCGUUGCUGUUGCCGUGACGAGGCCGUCGUGUUUGCCGCUGUUGAAAAGCUUUCCUGAUCCACUGCCAGCCUCAUGUUCAGUGCAGCCAGUAGUUGUCGUGAGGGGCUUAAUGCAUCUUCCUCUCAUCCCAGAGAGACUCAGCCUAUCUUCUUUGUGCAGGAGGGAUGUGAUGACAAGAGGCCUGGUUACAACUUGUCCUUUAGAGUCAUAAACUUUCAUUUUUUCCCCCCAUCUUUCAUUGCACUGCUUGCUUUCUUUUCGUUUUCUUUGUUGGAAUCUGACAUUUACAAAAAUAAAAACAAAAACAAUCUGUACAGUGUCUGUAAAUAGUUGCACCACUUGGUGCUUUGUGAUUCUAGUGUUUAGGAGAGAACUGUGGUAACUUUGUACAUGUAUGUAUUAACCAGCAAAACCAGGGAAUCACUAAAGUGCCAUUCUUAACUGCAACAGGGGAGACAAGAAAGAGAAGAAAAAGCAAAGGAAAAAAAUAAAUCAAAUUUCCAUCUAUAGCUGGAGCAUGAUUGUGUACUCAAGUGUCAUAUUUCUUAAUCCUAACAAGUUCACACAUAUUUAAUAAAGAUGGAUUGCUUUGUAUCUGUAA